UCCAAAAAAGGGUAAUCACCGCGAAAAAAGAGUUGAAGAAAGAAAGAACGCAAAAGAACCUAGACAUUUCAAGUCGCGCGAUCGCACCCAACAUUUAUCCAGUCGCAGUUCGCUCUUCCCCCGCUCAGGAUGGUGCUUAAAAUGCUUCGUUUGGUGCUGCUUCUUUGCUUGCUAUCUUGCGAGCUUCAUCGUACCAGUGCAGAUAACAGCAUCAGUUCCAACGCAAGCUCUAGCGCGGGCUUUGGCUACGAGCUCACGAUGACCGGUUUGGAGGGGAUUCAGUUUAGUAUGCAACAAGAUUUAUUGCGAUCAAAGGAGUACUUUCAAAAGAUGACCGCUGAAGUGGAUGAUCUUAAAAGGACCGUGGCCAACAAUGAGAAAAUGCUAGUUGAUCAAAGGAUUAUGCUGGAUGAUUUUGGAGCGCAAAUCAAAAAGCUGAGUAAUACUGUUGAAACGAUGGAAGACGUCCCGAAGAUUCGAACUCAGCUGGAACUGCUGGCGCACAACAUCUCCCGACUGCUGGAAGAUACGAACCAAAUUCACCGCACCCAGCAAGUUCAACCAACAACGGAAAUGCUCAACGAUAUGAUCCUGAACCUUCUCGCGAACCGUCUUCCAACAGCGCGUAACGGAAUCGUUCUUGAGUCAUCAAAGCUACCCCGCACCUGCAGCGACGUGUCCGGCCACUGGUCCGGCGUUCGCAAGUUGCAUCCGGAACCGGGGUUCGGCGACCCGUUCGAGGCGUACUGCGACCAGGAGUAUGAGGGUGGCGGCUGGACCGUCAUCCAGAACCGGUUCAACGGGACGGUUUACUUUUACCGGGGUUGGGCCGAGUACGAGGCUGGCUUUGGCGAUUUGGAGGGUGAGUUUUGGCUCGGGUUGAAGAAACUGCACCAGCUGACCAACGCUAAGCCGCACGAGCUGCACGUGGUGCUGGAGGAUUUUGAGGGAGGUCGGGUGGUGGCCAAGUACGGGUGCAUGGUGGUUGGGGGUGGCUCGGAAAAGUACGCGCUGAACUCGCUUGGGACGUACAGUGGAGAUGCGGGAGAUUCGCUGAGCUGGGCGGUUGGGAACAAGUUUACGACGCUGGACGCGGACCACGAUUCGCAUCCGCCGGACAACUGUGCCACGAUGUACAAGGGCGGCUGGUGGUACGGGGCGUGUCACGGAAGCAAUCUCAACGGACUGUACGUGAAGGGCAAAACGGAGGCCUACGCCAACAUGAUGUGCUGGGAUAAGUUCAAAGGACUCAACUACGGACUCAAGACCUCUCGGAUGAUGAUUCGCGCCACAGCGUAACCGCAUUGUAGCAAUCAAUUCCACGAAAUAAAUUUAUUAAAGUCACAAUCGAAAGAACACCGUCAUACAGAA